AUGGUGAACGAUUCCGUCGCUGCGGAACCUCCUACGGAGGCGCCAGUGGAGGACGCUCCUCCCCUGGCCGCUGUGGUUACAGAUUACACACCUAGCGUCCAAACGGAGAAGGCUGCGCCGGAUUCGAGCGAGGAUGCUAGCAAUGGAUUCUGUAAUCCCGUGGAAGACGAUGAGCUCACUGAGCAGGAUUUGUCUGAAGAGGAGGAGGAUAGCUUAAGGGAGCCCUCUGUCAAACGCUACCUGCCAGGCGUGUCCGUAGAAUUGAAGCUCAAGGCUUUUCAUACAGAAAACGGUGGUACCACGCAACAGGUGCCGAUGAUGGUUGACUUCUAUGCCGAGUGCAUGAAAACGUAUCGUGAUGAGAAGCGCUUCAUUCUUGAGGAGCACUAUCUCGGGCCGAAGACCAGCCAACUGACGGAUGCAUCUGGACGAGAUCGUAAAAAGGCACAAGCUGCCAGUGCGGCUCAGACAAACGGCGACAGCAAACCGGAUAAAGCCGGCUCUCACGAUAAUGGCCACAGUGGUGCAGAAGGGACGGCGGAAGUAUCCCUGGAUGACGUGAUGUGGAUGAAGACCAGGCCAAACGACCCUCUCCUUCGGUGCAUCCAGUCCAUCACCGAUCGUCUGAACAUUCAGGGCAUCGUCGGCGACCCCACCUCGUACCUCAAGGUCGGCGGCGACGACAUGCACUAUGACAUCGACGACCCGUUCAUCGAUGACGAUGCGAUGUUCAGCGAACUCCGCUUGUCUAAGAACGAUAUUUUGCGCAAGAAGCAGAAGGAACGAGAUUUCUCCGUUUGGAGUGAGGACGAAGAGGAGGAGUUAGGCUCCGAACUCGUAGCCGAUGAUUUUGUGGCACAGUAUUCGUCUGAACUGAAGAUAGAGGAUGAUACGGAUCCGGACAUACCUCAGCAACCGGUGUUGUACUUUGACCCAUUUGGAUGGCGCAGGUACUUUGCGCGCAUACCCAAGCAGUUCUAUGCCAUCUUUCAUGACUUGGAAGCUAAGUACAGAGGGUACUCAGGCCAACUGACCACGGAAGCCAUACGUUCCGUCGUCAUAGAACUGUUGGAUUCAAUCUUUAGGCGCUUGACAAAACUUCCAGAACCUCGGCAGAAAAAAGGCCAAGCGGGGGGAGAUGGCACGAAUUCGAAUAACAAUAGCCCAGUAGACGAACAGCGGAUUGAAUUUGAAAGGCGAGGGCUCAAUUGUGUAGGUGUUGGCAAAAUAAUUGGAGUGAACGGCCGUAUCCUGAGAUGGAUUGCAGCGGCCAUAUGGGAGAUCACCAACGCCGUCUCGCGGCGCGACAUGCAUGAGACCUGGCUAAAGCUGGUGCUGGCCCACAACGAGCUCAUGAUAAGCGAAAUGCGCAGUCGCAUGUACUCCAAGUGGCUGUCCAAAGUAGAGCCACUGAAGGGGAAAAAGGACGUGAAGUUUUUCACCAGACUGGCUGAUAAUAUGAAGCACGUGUCAAAGAGCGUUCACACCGUUCGCCGCGUUAUGCGUGACUACGAGGCGGCAUUCACGGCUGCGGUGGAAAACUUCAAGGCGGCCGAGCGAAAGCUGGUCAAAAAUGGCACCUCCCUGAAGAAGGUGAACAGCAAACCAGACCCGCCUGCUGCCAAAACAAAUACCGUAGGCACCCCUAUAAGUGCGAAUUCAAGCUCCGAAGGCAUUGCCAAUGUUGAGUCAUUUAAUCCCUUAAACACAACUACACCAGCGACGAAUGCAGUUAACGUUGACGACGGGAUGGGAGAGGCGUCCCCACGGCCUACAGUAUCUAAAUCCACCGGGGAAAAUCUAGGUGACAGCAGCGCGCCUUCUUGCGCGGUUGAGGAUGGCGAUGGUCAACACGACGGCCCAUUGAUGUAUGGCGACUUCAAUAUUAGCACCCAAAAGAACUCUGCGCCGUUACAAGGGCUCAGUUUUAGGAUCGCCCAGGAGUCCCAAGGCGGGGAACGUGAUGAUGUUAGCGAUGUGGAUUUUUGCUCGUUUUCGGAUAUUCUGCGGCGCUGCUCAUUAUGGAAACGCGUGAGCAGCUUAGUGACCCUGUAUAAGUACAUCUCGGUUGACAUCCUUACCUGGGUCCAGAUGAUAAACCUCGCGUUGGCCACUUCCAUCUCAAUUGCAGCCACGGAUUUCAGCUCUCUAGUACAGGAGGAGGUGCACGGGGAGUAUGUUUUUGACAAGGCGUAUGGUUGCAUCGCCGACCUGUUGAUUCAAGUCGUGCAGGAGGUGAGUGGCUUAAAGUUGAUAAUCGCCACUGACGUUUCACGUGUGGUUGUGAUGUACAUCCACGAGUCGUCCACUUUUGACGAUCUUUUCGAGCGCGAGAACAAGGACCAGCUUGUGUUUUACGACAACUCCGAUGUUGCUGCCGCUCCUGGCAAGGUUCAACUUGUGGAGGUGACGAAGGGCAAUAAACGUGGAAAGGCGCCUGCAGGGAAAAAGGAAGCGACCGCAAAAACUGGCAAGAAAAACGCAAAACGUAAACGUACUGAUGAAGGGCCAUCGGAUAGUACCCCACAAAAGAGUGCGAAGGUUGUAAGCCCGAAAACCGCUGCGGUUGCCAAAACUCGUAAUAGAGUCACCACAGUCACUAACGUUGCGGAUUCGGAUGCGUCUCAGACUCCGAAGAAUGCUAAAUCGACUAAGAAGGCUAAAUCCGCGAGCCAGUAA